AUGAGACGUAUUACAUUACUACCAGCUAUCAUUUACAUCGUUACGGCGCAAAUGACAUUCACCGACAACUGGGACAAGCGAUCAUUGUCAAAUUUAUUUCGAGGAUGGCAACAAGAUGAUCUGAUGGUUAACAGAGCAUGCAGUUGGGAUACUAUCGCCGAAAUUACCAGAGAACUGAAGCAAAUCUAUAAAAAACAAAACGAAUUAAUAAAUUUGAUUGACAGAUGUAGCAUUAUAGAGCGUCCUGUAUUUGUUAAAGAAGGGUAG